GGGGGGGGAGCGCGGGGGCGCGGGCGAGACCACUGGCGGGGGGGAGGCGGCGCCACCGGAGCAGACGGGGCCUACAAUGGUGAGUUCAGAGGAAGAAGCAGCUGGUGUGUUGAGCCACUUCUAACUGAGGACUGAAAAUGCCAGCAGUUGAAAGUGAGGCAAAGGCAAAAACCAAAGUCCGAUUUGAGGAAAUCUUCAGACGUCAUGCUGGUUUAACAGACAGCAAGAAAUCGAAGACAAAGAAGUUUCACUCUCAAGAGAAUUUUGUGCUUGACACCUUUAGAAGUAAUAUUGAUCUAGCUAAGGAGAGUGUGAAUGAUGAAUCAAUUAUAAACAACACAUAUAAUCCUGAAGAAGAGAGUCCCCGAUUUACAAAAAAUAAACUGAGAGAGAAAGCUUCAAUUGCAGAGAAAAUAAACAAUGAUACUGUUAGCGGGGAGGAGAACAAGCAGCCAAAGUCUAACAAGAAAAAAAAGAAAUCACCGUUACUAGAACAAUUUAAUGAGGAAGAAAAUUUAUAUGAAGCUAAAUUGGAGAGUUUUGAGAGAAAGAUUAAUGAUUUUCCAAAGAAGAAAACAAAAAGUAAAACACAAAGAGAUGUACUUCAUCAAGGAGGUGAUAGAAAGAUUAAAAAUUCCUUGACUGAAGAGAGAAAUGUAACUGAGUUAGAAGAGGAGGAAGAGCUAAUUCGAGCCUAUCAGCUGCAUGUGGCUGAGGAUGAGGCAAAAGCAAUUAAAAAGAAAAUAAGAAUGAAACUUAAAGAACAGAUGUCUGAAUUUACCUCCACUGUUCAAAGCCAUGAAGUUGUAUUGAACAAUGAAGCGGGCAAAAAGAAGAAAAAGAAGAAAGAAAUAGCAGUUUUAAGUGAAGCUGAAACAAGUGCAAUGUCCCUUUCUGAGCUAAAGCAUCCUCCAGCAGAAGAUGGCAAUGAAAAUCAGUUACUGGAAAGACUAUUUACAUCAGAUGGACAGAAACUGGAAGAAAGCAUGGAAAACCAGAAACCUAAAGCAAAGAAGGUUAAAAAGAAAACCAGAAAAGAAGAAAACACAGAAGUUGCUGCAGAAAAUGAUGAGGAAUUGAAGAACUCAGAAAUUUCAACUCAGUCUAAAUUUGGUUUUGAUGAUGAUCUGGUGUUGGGAGUUUAUAUCCAUCGAUCUGAUCAACUUAAAACUGAUCUCCUGCUAUCUCAUCCCAUGGUUAAAGUCCAUGUUGUUGAUCAGAGAAGUGGCUUAUAUGUCAAGAAGGAUCAUAGCAAGAGGAAAGUUUCAUCUUGCUAUGAACAAGAGCAAAUAGAACAUGUUCUUCCUAUUAUGACACAACCAUAUGACUUCAGACAGACUAAAUCAGCAGUCCCAGAGUGGGAGGAGCAACUCAUGUUUAAUGAGCGCUUUAGAUACUUUAUUCAAAACACUGAAGAAAACCCUCGGGUAAUCCUGUUUUUUGAGAUCCUUGAUUUUCUAAGUAUGGAUGAAGUGAGAGCCAACUCUGAUACACAAAUUCAGGAAUGUGGUUUCCGAAAAAUUUGUUGGGCAUUUCUAAAGCUUGUAGGUGCAAAUGGAAUUCUAAACAUUGAUGGAAAACUCCGUCUGCAAUUAUAUUACCCACCUCCAAGGACCAAGUCACAUUCGAAUGUUGUUGAGGUUUAUGACUGGUGGGAAAAACAUCCUAGAAAUCGUUACCCAUCAACUUUAUAUGUAACUGUAAGAGGCAUAAAACUGCCAGAUCAUGUUGCUCCUUCUUUCCGCUCCAUGAUAGCUGUUCAACAGGAAGGGAGCAGUGCAACACUCUGUGAGAUCCAGAGGGAGGGAUCUAAAAAAUCGUGUGAACUUGUUCCACAGGAGAAAAAGGAGCCAUUUAAAUGGACAAGAUUGCCUGGACAGGCUUGCCGCAUACCGAACAAGCAUCUGUUUUCACUACGAGGUGGAGAUAUGGGCUGUUUCUGUAUUCGUUUCUCUCAUGAUGGAAAAACACUGGCAGCAGCAUGUGCAGGAAGGAAUGGCUAUCCCAUAGUUUUGUACGAAAUUCCUUCUGGACAGUUCCUGAGAGAAUUUUAUGGUCACUUUAACAUAGUGUAUGAUCUUUGUUGGUCAAAAGACAAUCAAUUCCUUCUUACUGCAUCGUCUGAUGGCACUGUCAGAAUGUGGAAAAUAGAAACACAGACGGCAUCUGCAGUGAGAGUUUUUCCUCAUCCUUCAUUUGUUUACACUGCAAAGUACCACCCAAUUGCUGACUCAUUGGUUGUGACAGGAUGUUACGACUCAGUGAUUAGAAUCUGGAAUGCAAAUGUGAAAGAAAUUCAUGGGCAACUGCUACAGGAGCUUGAUGGUCACACAAGUUUCAUCAACACACUUUGUUUUGAUGCAGAAGGGCUCCACAUGUUCUCAGGAGAUCAUUCAGGACUGAUAAUAGUUUGGGAUACACCUGUCAAGGGAAGUUCUCAACACCUGUUUCAACACUGGAAGAUUAAUAAGAAAAUAAAAGAAAAUGAUGUUAAAGGAACACCAAUAAAUCAUUUGGAGGUGCAUCCAAAUGGAAGGCGUUUAUUAAUCCAUACCAAAGACAGUACCUUGAGAAUCAUGGAUCUCAGAAUCUUGGCUACAAAGAAAUACAUAGGUGCUACAAAUUACAGAGAAAAGAUUCACAGCACCUUAACGCCAUGUGGUACGUUCCUAUUUUCUGGAAGUGAAGAUGGAAAGGCUUAUGUUUGGAAUCCAGAAACAGGAGAUCAGGUGGCCAUAUAUUCUGAACUCUCCUACACAUCUCCGCUUCGUGAUGUUGCCUUUCAUCCACAUGAACACAUGGUGUCAUUUUGUGCCUUUGGCCAAAACCAGCCUAUACUUGUAUACAUUUAUGAUUAUAAAGUUGCACAACAGGAAGCUGAACUCGUAAAAGAUCUCUCUUCAUCACUUACCACAGCUGCACCAAGAGGGCCACAGUUCUUUAGCAGUUUUUCUGAAAUUCCCAUACAAAAAGGUUCAGUGAUGUCUCCGGCAGAUCAGUUUGUUAGUGUUGCAAGAGCAUCAAUGAGAAUGCAGAAGGUCAAGCAAAAACUUGAUUCUGUUAUGGAGAGCUCAAAUCUCUUGCUUCCUGCACCAUCAUCGCUGUCGCCACACUCCAAGCUAAGACUGCUAGGCACUCUCAGCCCUCCACUGAAGCCUCCGUAUUCUUUCACUACUAAAAGUGGGUGUUUCAGCCCAGUAGGAAAUCCUCUUAGCCGAACACUAUUGGGUAGACUACAGACGAGUGAUGACUGCCUGACUGCACUGGGGGUGGGAGGAGGAAGCAGUUGUCCACUCAGGCAAGAGACACGUCCUCAUGAUUUUCAUUCUACCAUUGCUAAGGAAACUUGCCGCUUAACUGAAGUGGGCACUGUUAGAGCACCCCUUACUGGACAUGAUCAUGUAGUGGCUCUUUAUGACUACACAGCGCAUCGAUCAGAUGAGCUAACCAUCCAUCGCAGUGACAUUAUCCAAGUGUUAUACAAAGAUAAUGAUAACUGGUGGUUUGGCAGCCUAGCAAAUGGACAGCAAGGCUAUUUUCCAGCUAAUUAUGUGGCUGGUGAAAAAGAAUAUGAAGAACCAACUUCAGGAUUAGCACCAGAUUUUGCUCCUGUUCUACCUGAAGGACCAGCAGAAGCAGAGGACGGUUCUCCAACACUACAUAAGAUGUCACCAGUCAUCAGUAAGUCAGGGGACCUAAAAUUUAGCUUGGAGCAUGACACAGAUAGAGAAUCACCUGCAACACACUGUAUCUAGAUGUGAAAAUUAAUUGUGAGUGGAAAGUCUAACCCUCAUGUAUAAUGAAGAAUGGGCUGUAUAACUACGCAUGACUGAAUUCAGCAUUGAAUUUUGGGCAUAAAUGUUGUGAUAGAAUAUGCACUAAGGAAGGAAAUGCCUUAAAAGUACAGUUACUGUGAAUGUUGAUGCAGUCUGUUAGAAGCCAGUAUCAAAAUUUUGGUAUGACUCAACUCCGUUAGUGGAACGCUGGGCGUCCACUGAAGAAUCUGGAACCACAUAUUUAAAAUGUGGAAUCAAAUGAUCUAAUAAAAUUCAAGAAUUUUGAUUCAUAUCAAAGGUGAAAUAUUAAUUUUAAUGGAAACUAAGGCUGUCCUGAGAAGAGGUCACACUGAAGUGUCAUGCUGAAGAAGCAGAGCCCCAAAACAGCUUCAGUUACACUUCAGAAAGGUGAGAGAGGACACCUACAUGCCUGAGUCACUGGAAUGUGCUCCCUCCUCCUCCUGAGCUGUGGGGAGCAGGAGCAUCAUGGAGAUGCCAGUCUGAAGUCAUGCUUCAUGUCAUUGCUGUCCCACCUGGGCGAAGGGCAGUGUUGCAGAGCCUCAUUUACAAGCUUUCGGGGUACUGAGCCCUUCAUACCUGCUGAUUACUGAGGGAGAGUGAAAGAUGCCAUGAGGUAGCAUUCAGUGCUAUACCUUGUCAAGGGAGAACUAAUUUGAAAGGGAGGAAGAUAGACAUGUCAGACCUACACAGUACUGUAUUUUCCUUCUAUGUACAGGACUUUCUAGGCCUUAUUAUGCUUUUGCUGCAUAUUUCCCUGGUGCUUCUGUUUUGUCUGACAUGGAGAGGGCAGUUUUCACUGCAUAUUUUAAGAUCAGAAUGCAAAUCUGAGUAAUGGCUUUUCCUGAUCUAAAGCUUGAAUCUGAAAGUAUGUACUGUGCCAGCUCUUCUAUGAACUACAACAUAAUGAAAUGUGAUUCACUUGUUUUUGUAAUUACAGCAGUGACUGCACGUACCGAGGUUUUUUUUGGAAAAAAAUUACAAGUUUUUGGCUUACGUUGAGAGCUAGAAGAGAGAAGGAUCUUCUGGCAUUUCUGAUGCCACUAGUUUGAAAGGCUGUUCCAUAUUUCUGUUCAUAGGCUAUAUAGUACAGAUUAGAUAAAACAUAUCAGAAACAUGGCUGCAUAUUUUUAAUGAAAUCUCUGACUUUGUACCUUAAACUGUGAGCUGCAGAGGCUGUGACAGAACUGUAGGUUUUUUGUGCACUGCAGUUGAUGUGUCUUGAAAUAUUCUUAAAAAUGGCAUGCAUGCAAGUGUUGUGAUCUUAACUGGAAAAGUUUUCUAUUAAAAAGUAAUAUCAACAGGACUUGAGAUCCAGUCCAAUCUGUAUUUAAAUAGUUGCCCCACCUAAAACAUUCUGUUAUCUUCCUGUUGUCUACAAAAAUACACUUACUAUCCGUGUCACGUGCUGGUAUAUGAUAGGAAUUAUGCAGUAAAUAAGCUUCAUAAGAAUCAAGUGAGAUGUGACUACCAAGUAUGCACUUUCACUAUGGAGAAGUGAAACUAUUAGCAAUUGCACAACUCACUUUACCUUUCUUUGAGUCAUCCAAAUAAAUGAUUGCUGUUUUGCCUAUUUAGAAUAGUAUUCAUUAUGGCCACAAUACCCGAUGUAAAAGAAAGUGAACAGCAAGCCCUUAUGACACACCCAUCUUUAAGAAUUUCUGGAUGGAAAAUACAAUUUUACAAUAGGAAAACAAAUUUUAUUCAAGAUGGUAGUAGAUUUUUAUCUUAGCCAAGCAGUUAACCUGUCUUCUACAGACUAGAAGAAAUAGAGCAAUGUCCACAGACUAGAAGUGAAGUGAACUAAGGUUUUUAUCAAAGUACCUCAAAGGUUCAAUACAUUAUCACAUCUGAUGUUCAAAUAAUAAGAAGAUGGAAAUUACUUCUCAGAAUUUGCAUGGCUUUAUACUGAAAAUCUGCAUAGAAACCUCACCCUUCGCAAUUAUUAAUGAUUAGAUACUAUUUGUCAGUACAGACAUAAUCUCCUCAGAUAUAUUCCCAUUGUACAGUUUUGUUGCGCUACACUAGGUAGUGCUCUCUGCAUAAUUUUAAAAGUGAUUACGUGUGAGACCCAGCUGAACACUUGUUUGGUAGAUUGGUACUUAUAUUACUGAUUAAUUAUGGAUUUGUACCCCAGUUUCCUCAUGCAGCAGUACUUCUCAAAUUGUUCCAGGAAUUCUAAUGCAGAGGGUCUUAACUCCAUAACUUUUUCCUUAGGGUGUUCCAGUACUAGAGCUGCAGCAGUUCAUGUAUUCAUGAAUAUACAACUGAGCUUAAAAAAAAAUUCAAACUAUAGGCAGAUAGUUAUCAGUCCAUUAGCAAGGCUGAUGUGUAAACAUUUUCAUCUAUAAAAUAUGAUUAUAUUAGGACAGUAUGACCAACAGUAAUGCUCUUGCAGCACCCUUUUUGGGGAAACUGCACACAUCUCAUUACAUUCUUUAGUCUUGAUUGAUCUGCUUGCUUAUGUGUUUCAGCAGCAUUCAACAUAACAAUUCUGGUCGCAAAUCAAGACUUGUUUGUGCUAGGCACAAUACGUAUUUUGAACAAAGACAGUACCUGCCCUUGAAAGGUUACAGUCAAAGUAUUACUACAUAUUUAUAGUUAAAUAAAGUUGCAACUUCUGCCAAGGGUGGGAAUUCAUGGUAGAAGUCUGCAUAAUCCCUGGCAUCAUCUCCACGGCCACUCUAAUUCCCUUGUUAAAGGCACUGACUGAGAAAGAUACAGGAGUUUGACUGAUGCUUCUGGCAUUGUAUGAAGUCUGAUAAGCAUAAAUGGACAUUAAAGUGAUUUCCGAUUCUGUAAAUCUGUCAUAGUUCAGGUAAAUUAAAAUGGAAGAACUAAUGUUACGUACUUUGCCUGCUUGUCUUAUUAUUGUUGAAUAAAUAAACCAGGAAUCUCUCUUAAUUUGCAAGUAUUUUGGUGUUUGAGCUUAGGAAAGAAAAAAAGAAAUACAAUGGCUUUUAUGAGAGGAGGAGACUGGUAAUUUGUAUUUUUUAAUUACAUCUGUUGACUAUUGAUCAAGACUAGCUGAUUUUUAAGAUCGUGAGCAGUUCUUUUCAAAGCACUCCUAUGAUAUGUUAAAAAGUAAACUAGUGGAGUGGUCUCCUAUUUUGUCUUCAUAGUUUUUCUGUCUUUGUUCUGCUGUGGAAUAGUAGUUUUUGUAGCUGUUUCAGCAUUGUACUCCAGGGAGACAGGCAGACAAUUGCUCUAACACAUCAGCUGUGGGUGGAAAAAGCUCUAAAUUUGGGCUAACUUUGUGUUUCUUUUACUCUUUUUAUAUCCACUUUCCUCUAGAGGUGCAAAGAAAAAGAAAAAAAGGAUACAGAGGAAUGAGAGAGAAAAUCAGCACAACUUAAUGGAUCUCAAUACUCCUGUAUCAUCAGUUACAGCUAAUGGUGUUGAAA